AUUUUCAGAAAAUACACGCAAAAGUACACCCAAAACAUCCAAGCCAUAGCUAUUGAAAUUAUCAUGGCCCCUACUUUGGCUAAUGGUGGUAACAAUGUUGAUCAUGAGACCAACCCUGAAAUCGUAGAGGAAUGGUUUCACGAUCACAUUCAGCAUCAUGCAAAACCUAAACUCACCAAACUCCAUCUCUUUGUCCACGAUAACGUCACCGCCGACAAUCCUACAUCCGUUCUUAUUGCCCCAGCCAACACCAACAAUAUUGCCUCUAUAGCUUUUGGUUCAACCUACGCUAUGGAUGCUCCGAUCACUGUCGAUUCAGAUCCGAGUUCCGAACUCAUCGAUCGAGCUCAAGGCACGUUUACCUUUGUAGGUCAAGCUGAACCUGUCCUGUCUAUGGCUAUCAACUUGGUGUUCACAGAAGGAGAAUAUAAGGACAGUUCUCUCAGCAUUUUAGGGAAUAACCCCAUAUCUCAUGACUAUAGAGAAAUGCCAAUAUUGGGAGGUACCGGAGUGUUUCGCCUGGCUCGUGGAAUUGCCAUUGUGGAUACCGUUACCGUUGAUAUUGAAAAGUUGAAUGACAUUCUUGAGUACCAUGCCAUUGUUGAACAUUACUGA